UCAACUUUGAGUAUCAGUCUAGUGAAGCGCCUUAACGAGAGCAGUUUAAACUGUACGAUCAGUCCGCGCAUGUUUUUCAAAUUUUGUUUUUGAACUCCUUGCUUGUAAUCUAAAUUCGUCUAGUCAACAGCUAGGUAUAUUCGUCAGGCAGGGAAGCCAAACAUAAAAGCUAAACAUGAUUGUGGGAGGAAGACUGUAUGAAUCAGUCAAAUCAGCUGCGAAGACGCUAUUAUUUUUCGUGUUGUUCUGUGCGCUCCUGCCAGCAUUCGUUAUCAGCUAUGCAACCGUAUCGACGACUCGAAAACUGUGGAUUGCAUUCCUAGCGAAUCGUUACCCGUACCUGAAGUUUGCACGAACAAACAACAUCAGAAGUUUGGUGGACACUUCCAGGAAUCCGGGGGUCUUUCACAUCUUGCUGCAGGUUGAUGGGAAUUAUGUUUGGUUUACAGGAGCUUGCGACAUCCAUGCGAUUAAGGCCAAAUUCAUCGAUCACGUUCUCGGUCGGCGUGAUCAUUGUGGAAAACUGUGCUUCGCCAGGUUGAAAUUUCCCCUCAUCUCGUGUUGGGGACAAUAUGCGUUCGUCAAAAAGACUAAAGACUUCAACAUCGACAACCAUGUCAUUCUGGCGCCAUCGCUACAUCGAGGCCGUCCGUUAACUGAUGGAAACCUUCAAGACUACGUGAGCGACAUUAUUUCCAAGUACAUGCCAUCCGACAUUCCACCGUGGCAAAUCUUCUGCAUUCCUAUGGCAUUCGGGGGUGCCGCCAGUGGGUCGGCAGAAUGCGACACCAGUGCCCCGUACUACUACAUGCUAUACAGAAUACAUCACUUACUGUUGGAAGAGCAGCAAAAACUGAGAAUUUCUGAUCUGCUAUUGAUAGACAGAAGAAACGAAAACGAGAAGAGAAUUUCCGAAUGUGACUCAAUAUUUGCCAACUUGUUGGAACGCCCGGUUUACUUGCCAAGGAUUUGGGACGAUAUUUGUGCCACUAUUAGUAACCGAUGGAACGAAUUUAUCUAUCAGCACGAUCCGCUAGAAUCGCCGGACAUUGAGAAAAAGCACAUUGCUGGCAUACAACAACUCGUUUCGGUGGUACUGAUAGGAGCAGUUGCUGUAAUAUCUGAUUUUUCGAGAGGUUUCUCGAAGGUUGCUGGCAAUCCGGUGAUGAAAAUUGACUUCCUCAAGUCGCUGAUUGAUCGCGAAAUUCAACGGAGAAAUCUUAAUCUGGGCACCAUUUGGAAUGCCAUAACAAUGUCACUGGAUCCGAUCAAUGUCAUUAAAGAAUUGAUUUUUAUGUUCUGGAAGAUUGGAGCAACUCUAACGUUGAUGGUACCUUGGUAUGUCUUUCAAGAAGUGGAAGCUAUACGUAUCUACAUACUGAUGAAGAAGUGCAAACGCAAUACGGUUGUCGGAUUCUUUUUGGAAUAUCUGCCGAUUUGUUUCAGUGCAUUCCUGGAAUAUUGGAAGGGAAUUAAACUUUUGUACUCGGCGCCAAAGUUGGUUUUCGAGGAGUUGUUCGAGCACAAACCCAACACUGACCACUACUUGCAGAAUGUAUCGCUAUGCGGAAGAAAAGUCGUGUCAUGGUCGGAAAAAAUCAGAUCUUCCGAUCUUCAAGCAAACCGUCCAGUAGAGUUUCCCGCUGCUACGAGGAGAACAGGAAUCGUUCGCAAUAUACCACGAAGCAAGCCGCCAAACGACAUUGAAAUUCUACUAGGAAUAAUGUCCAAGUCACUGGGAGCGCUCUGCAUGGAAGGGGAUGGCAAAGUACCAUCGAUGAUUCAAAUCAGUGGACGAUGCAUGUUGGAAGAUUAUCUGUUUGGCCUUACCAACUACAAAACGGGAAACAGUGGAUUCGUUUCACUUAAUCUUCCCAUAGAUGUUAGCGAAAAUGGUCAGCUUUUGCAGAACAUUCGAAACUCAAUAUCGCAAAUACGUCGGCAGCAAGUUAUGCUCAAUUUCCUAACGAUCGCACAACUCAGACAUGAUUUCCUAACGAACGGCCUACCGCUGGUGGUGAUGAAACUUCUGAUGAACUAUCUAUCGCGACGGCUCGCCGUUACGGUAACGGAAGUGAUCGAAAAUCGUAACAUUGGACAAUACCGCAAUCUGCUCGGACAUGCGAUCAAGGACAUCAUCUAUUUUAGACCACCUCAAUCGAAUACUAGCGUUUCGAUUACGAUACAAAAAUUCAACGAUGAGAUAAGGUUUGCUUGUAUGACCGACUCGCAAAUUAACCCCAAACACCUUGCUUUGACCGCUGGCUUUCGGAAACAUCUACAAGACUUGCAGCAGCUCUAAUUAUUACAGCUUAUUGACAUAUAUUUGUACGCAUAAUAAAGGGGUUUAAUAAUAA